AUGCCCUUCUCAUGCACGCUCCCGCGAGCGUAUUUGAUUCCAGUUCAGCUGGGCCUCUUGACAUCGACUCUCCUGGUCAUCUACUUCACCUAUGGCCGCGACUACUCCCUGACGGCGUGGGACAGCGUCAAGUUGUCCACCUCAAGCAAUCACAUGCCCGCCACCAAUGUGGAGUCGUUCUCGACAUCGAAACCCCAUCUUGACGCGCCCAAGACAGGGGUUCCUGGCGACGAGGAGGAGUAUGUGGCGCUGUGCUUUACAGCAAAGAACGAAGGACGCAAUCUACCAGAGGUAUUUCAACACUUCUACCAUCACAUUGGAAUUCGCCGCUUCUACAUCAUGGAUGAUGGUUCCCGGCCGCCCUUGUCUACCUUCGACUACCCCAUCCCAAGCUCUGCCAUCACCUUCUACUAUGUGACGCCAGAGGAGCGGCAUCAAGUCGACAACCAACUCUACAUGAACCGGCAUUGUCACAAGAUGUUUGGUCACCAACAUACCUGGAUUGGCUUCUUCGACAGUGACGAGUAUCUGGAGGUCGUCUCCCCUGAAGAGACACUGGUGUCAAUCUUGAAAGGGCUUGACGCCAAUGAGACCAUUGGUGCACUUGGCGUCAAUUGGAAGAUGCACUCGUCCGCCGGGCAUCUGACUAGACCUGAAAGUACGCGCAAGUCCUUCACAAAGUGCUUCCAUGAUGAUCCCGACAACAACGGAGAGCAUUCCGACAAUAAACACGUCAAGUCGUUUGUCAAGACCAAGUACUUCAAUGGCAAUAUCAACCCUCACGUCUACAACCUGCUCAACGAUACCAUCACUGUAGGAGAAGAUGAAGAGCCCUGGGAUUGGCAAGUGUUGAGCAACCCAAACCCAGCCUUCAGAAUUCCGAUUACUCGCAAUCGCCUCAGUCUUCAUCAUUAUGCUAUCAAGUCUAAGGAAGAGUACGAGGAAAAGAUGGAGAGAAGCAAGAACAUCGAAGCUGGAAAGACAGACUGGGGCUUUUGGGACCACGUCGAAGCAGGGCCUCUCACAGAUUGUUUCGAAAUGACGCACUACGAACCGUAA